AUGUUUCUACCUGUCGCUGACCAAGAGCUGGUGGCACAAAUAUGCAACCUGAGAGAGCUGUCACCCGACGCCCAGCUGGCAGCCUGCAAAGCCCUCAAAAACGAAAUUAUCGGCCAUGACGAAAAGAAGACCCGCUACCUCGAAUGUGACGGAGUGGUGGUCUCUCUGGUGCAGGUGCUCCAGGACGGACCCUGGUCCGAAGAGCUGCGCACCCAGGCGGCGGUGAUCAUCGCCUCCUUCACCUCUGGCUGUGCUCCGCUGGUGCUGAACGAAUUUGUGCGGCUCGGAAUACACAGAGUCAUCGUCACUGCUAUUGUGGAGGCUGACAGUCACAAGGUGCAGUACAUGAGCGCGCUGCUGCGAACACUGGCUGCUCUGCUCAAGGUAAACGACACGGUGGCAAACGAAUGCAUCGAAGACUCGCCCCAGCUGCUCAAGGCCCUGUCGCACCACAUUUCUGUGCCCUCAACACCCCUACCCGUCGUCUCUCUAUGCACUCCUCUUGUUCCGCUACUGGGACGUUCUCGCCCUGGAGUGCAACGGCUAGGAGAAGACCUCAGCGAACCCCUUGCUGCUCGUAUCCUUUUACUCACCCAACAGUAUCUUUCCCAAAGAGAUCGAAUCCCCUCUAUCUACACAGAACCCCUGGCGUCAGCAGUUUUUGCACUGAGCCAUGUGGUUCGCCACAGCUUAGCAAUGAAACUGCUGGAGGGAGAGGUGGGGACUGCGGGCACCAACUGGAGCUCCGGACGUCUCCUACAAGACCUCUUCUUGCUACUACGAGCAGGAGACACCCAAGUGCGACUGGCUGUCUGCUUCCUGUUUUCUAACCUGCAUCUGCAUAUGCCAGCAUCACAACAGCUCGAGAUUGCCCGGCCUCUAUUACCUGUUCUAGUGCCCAUGCUGUCCGGUCCAGAAGACACCGACCCCCGAGUGUGCAAGACUCUAGCCCUCCUCUGUCGAGACCAUAUAGAUAUGGCAACCUUGGCUGCUGAGGCCCGUGUCAUCGAACUGGCAUGCACUCUGGUGACUUCCAGGGUACCUGAAGUCGAGCCCUCUAACCACUGCAACCAGCUGGAAGAAGUCAUUGCUGAUGCUCUUCUUCUAGUGGCAGCUAUUGGAAUGCAUAAGGACUCCUUCAGAGCUCGAAUUGUCGACUGUGGGGUCUUGUCGCAUGUCAUCAAGAUUAUGCGAAUGAAGACACCUCCAUCUGGAGACCCUCGAGCUCGAGCGGUGCGAAAGAUGAAAAUUUCGUCAUGUUACCUUGUUCGAGCUCUUUCUCGAAGUGUAUCGUUGCUGCGAACUGGAUUUGUUGACGAAGAGGUUGUAGAAGGUAUCAUCGAGCUUCUGGACGAGACUCCCUCGGAACCAGUGAACGCAGAGCCUGAUAACAUGGAUCAAACAGAGGACGGAGAGUCUCCUAACAUUGAAGAUCUGGAGGUCAAGGCUGCCAUCAUGGCGUCCAUGUGCAACCUCAUUCUUCCCUUUUCGCCCUUUAAGAAGAACAUUUUUGAACGAGGUGUAUUGCAAUCGAUUAUCGCUGGUGUCAACUCCGACUAUACUCCUCUGCGACUCAACUCCACCUGGGCUUUGAGACACGCAGUGCUGCCGCCUGACAACGACGACAGACUUAUUGAGGAGGCAAUGGGACUGUUGACUUGCAAACGUCUGCUGACCUUGCUCGGUGAUACUGAUAUCGAAGUCCAGGAGCAGGCCCACGAGUUGAUACGGAACCUGAUGAUGAAACAGGCCAACUUUGUUGAGGUCUUCUUUUCCCAGGUGGAGGCUCGUGAGUUCAUGCAGCUCCUUGAGAACAAGAUUGAUAUCAUAUCUCGCCAGCAUACCGAGACUGUGGCCGAGAACACAGCCACUCACUCGUCUUCACAGAUCAAGCUUGCCAAGACUGUCAAUGAGAAGCGCCAGGUAUACACACGCAUGCUCAGUGCCAUCAUUUACACUCUGGCCCAUAUUGCUGCGGGCCCCGAGGAGUUCCGAUUCAUGUUGAUUGAGCAGGAGUCUAUUCUUGUCAAGGUUGCCGAGUUCACUGGCCAUCGACAUUACGAUGUGCGUGCUGCAUGUGCGUGGUUGGUCAUCAACCUGACCUACGUGGACAAUAACAACGACCGUGAGUGUCGUGAGGGCGCUAAGCGACGAGCUCGUGCUCUUGUCAAACUGGGCUACAAGGAGAAGUUGGAUGCGCAACUGCGUGAUCCAUCUUUGGAUGUUGCCGAGCGAACCAAGAACGCACUCAUUACGCUUGAGUGGCUGUUGAACGAGAACUAA